AAAAUCUUUGCAAUCGCUCGCUGGCUUCCCAAAUCAAACAGUUGUGUUGAAAGCAGCGUUGUUGUUGUUGUUGGGAGCUGUAUAUAGCUUCCUGCUUAUCCUGCAAAAGCGAAAGCGAAAGCGAAAGCUUCUCUCUUCCUCUCUCUGGAACUCAACUUUCAUGGCGGCUGAAGAGACUAAUAAACAUAAAUCACUCCCUCCUUACCCAGAGAUGAUUUUGAAAGCAAUCGAAGCAUUGAACGACAAGAAUGGCUCCAACAAAUCCUCAAUAGCAAAGCACAUUGAAUCCACGUACGGAGACUUGCCUGCCGGGCACUCAGCACUACUCACGCACCACCUCAACAGAAUGAAAGAGAGUGGAGAGCUGGUCUUCUGGAAAAACAACUACAUGAAGCGGGACCCAAGUGCGCCUCCUAGGCGGGGCCGUGGCAGGCCACCAAAGCCAAAGGUCGCAUUGCCACAGGCCAUGGAUUUGACUCCGACAAGGCCUAGGGGCCGCCCACCUAAGGACCCAAAUGCGCCUCCAAAGCCACCUAAGGUGAAGGUCUCAACAGGUAGUGGGAAGCCAAGAGGGCGGCCAAGGAAGAUGGCGAGGCCUAGCGGAGGAUUGGGAGGACCGCCACCAACGGCAUCAACAACUACUGGCAAGCCAAGGGGUCGGCCACCAAAGGCGAAGGCUCCAGUGACUGAAGUGAAUGUUCAACAUUAAACUCUUUGAUGGUGGCGGUGGUGUUCUACGUCUUCAUGUCUCUCCUUCGUAGAAUUGGGUCGUGUUAGCUCUAAUUUGUGUUCCAUGUAAUUGCAUGUGCAAGGUAAUGUAGCUGUUAUUGAGGCUUUGUUGGAUUCUAAUUGUAAUAGAGGAUAUGGCUAUUCUAAUGAUGCUCUUAGGAGUUGUUUA